GACAUCCUAAAGACAAGGGCUUACUCAAAACAAACAGCAGACUGUAAGACUCCAACUCCAAGUGGCAAACUCCUUCAGUUUUUACUUCGAAAAUUUAUUCCAACUAGUCCAUGUCAAGAUUGAACUGGCUCAAUUAAAAUCUAGAGUGGAUGAGAUGUGGCCAAGUGCGUUAUCAAUUAGGAGAACAUCGGGAAAUGGAACUGGAAAAUGGCGUUCAGAGGUGGAUAGUUGAUAUUUCUAACUGGAAUCCAUCUCCCCAUUGCUUCUCUUUCGCAAUGUCCUUUCUUCCUAACCAUGAGUACUCCUCCAUCACUAGGUUUGUGGAAUUGGAAGAUCAAAAGCGGGCUCUUGUGAGCAGGUUGUUGCAGUAUGCGCUGGUGCAUCAAGUGUUGGGAAUCCCUUUUGAUGAAAUUAUCAUCAGGCGCACUCCUGAAGGAAAACCCUAUUUGGUAUGUGAUAACAUGAAGUUAGCAUUUCCAAAUUUUAACUUCAAUGCAUCACAUCAUGGUGAUUAUGUUGCAAUAGCAUCUGAACCUAUAUGCCUUGUGGGGUUGGAUAUUGUUUCUCAUUCUGUUCCUAAGAAUGAAACAGCUUAUGAGUUCGUUCAGAACUUUUCUUCAUACUUCUCCAGUUCAGAAUGGAAUCACAUUAUGCAUGCUGGCUCUUCUGAUGAAAUGCUGCAUAUCUUUUACAGAUAUUGGUGUCUUAAGGAAGCUUUUGUCAAGGCAAUGGGUACUGGUGUAGGUUACAAGUUGGAUGAUGUUGAAUUUCAUCACAUGAACUGGAACAAUAUAUUUGUCGAGGUUGCUGGAAAGGAAUUGAAAGAUUGGAAAUUUUGGCUUCUAGAUCUGGGACGAAAUCAUUCGGUGUGUAUAGCUAGAGGCCAACCGAGGGCUGCCACUACGAGUUACAGAACAACGCUAAAACAGAUUAAAUUUGAUGACGAGGAAUACUAUCAUGGCCUCCAUCUUCCAAAUGCAAGUUUUACAUUUCGGACAGUGGAGGAUCUUAUACAAGUAAUAUAUGGAGCUGAUCAGGUACCCUCUGAUAUAUCGACAAAAUUUGACGUAUCCGAAGACGAAGGCUGCGAGAGAGCUAGGUUUGUGCAGCAGUUAGGAUGAGUUUAGAUUACAGAUUUACUUGGACGCAUUAAUGGAGGAACAAGGAUGGAGAAUUAAUCAUCUGCAAGUUGAGAUCAUAAUAGAAAUAUUGUUCAUACUCGUCCCAAGCUACAAGUUGAUGCCACAUCUGAAUCCAGUACUAUAGUGCUAAUUGAUUAUUGAUUGAUGACACCUAGUGGUGUCGAUUUGAUUGGCUAGUCAAAUUAUAUUAUCAUCGUCCAUUUUGAUGGCAUUCAAAGAUUUUCUGUCUUUUUGUGGCAGUUUCUACGAA